UUGGUCCUGGAGUCAGGAGCGAUGAGUGUCCUGUGUGUGUGUGCGUGUAUAGUCGCGCUAGUACAUGCUGGGAGAGCCAUUACCAACCAGGAUGUCGUCCUUCCACCUAGGGACUCUGAUAGUGCCGAGUACACCGACCUGCCACAGUUUCAGCCAUACAACCAGCAACUGACGAGGCAAAGUCUGUCACCGCAACAACAAAGCCAGAUCCUGAACGACAUCCAGCAGCACCGGUUCCAACUGACUGCGGCCCAGAGGCAUCUCCAGAACCUCCAGUACGACCAGAAUCAUGGACAACAGGAGAGUCGCCCUCCGCCGAUAGAACAGUCCCUGGGGCUCGGCCAACAACCGUUCCUCACGAACGCUCAGUAUCUUGCUCAGCUGCGUCAGCAGCAGCAGCAUCUGCAGCCGCCGACUCAGCAACAACGACAACCACACUACACACCUCAGCAAGUGAUUCAACAAAGAGUACCUCAAGCUACAUCAUCAAAUCCUCAAGUAGCGUUCCCUCAACAGGUUCCUCAAGCGUUCAACAAUCCUCACCAACAAAAUGUUCCUUCUCUACCUAAUUUCUCCCAGUUACCGUCAAAUACCAAUUCAAACUUAAGAACUCAAUUUCAGCAGGAGUACAACAGGCUGCUUGCCUCGCAGCAGUUCACGAACCAACUGAAUAACCAAGGUCUCAACGAAGAGAUUCCAGUGUUUUUCAAUCAACAAGAUGUUCAACCACAACAGACGUAUAAGUUUGAACCUGCGCCACCGACGAUACCCACGAAGAGUUUUAAGUUCGAGCCUGCUCCUGAAAAGCCUACUUAUAAGUUUGAGUCUGCGCCAAAACAGACUUACAAGUUCGAGCCAGCUCCGCCUAAGCCGGUGCAGACAAAACCGACUUAUAAAUUUGAACCUGCUCCGACAAAACCACCAUACAGGUUUGAGACACAGCCGCCGACGUUCCUACCGACUCAACCUACCACAAGGCAUACGACAUACAAUUACUUGAAAAAGAAAAAGGCUGCCUUGACAACUACUACGACACCCCCUACAACCACAACCUACGGGAUACCUUACAGGCUGAGGCAUAAAUACAAAUCCACAACAGAGAGCCCCAAACCACAAGUGUCGAUUAGACCGACUCAGCUUCUUAUCAAACCUGACCGUCAAAAACUGUUUCAGCAGCUUUUAGAAGUGCAACAAAGCAAAUUACAAACAUCGACUACACCAGCCCCUAAACAAACGCCAAAACAAAAUGUGAUUGAGUUUGAUAGUGAAGACGCACUGCAAAAGCACAUCCAACAACAACUUCAGAAACAAGGGCUUUUGGAUGAAAUCAAAGGCACCAUCCCAGCAACAUCUGAUCAGAUCGAUGCUUUGCCCAAUCUUGACUUCUUGUCCAACUCAAAUUCCUCAUCACCAAUCUUUCUACCCAACGGGCAAAAUAUCAAGAUCAUUCAAGUACCAAGUAAAAUCGAUCCCAAUUCGAAGAAACCGACACCAAAAAUAAAAACGAUCGUUAUCAACCAACCAACCACCACUACCACUACCACCACGGUUAGACCACCAGAACUUCUACUGAAGGAGUUGACCAGAGGCUUGCCCAGAGAUUUCGAAAUAAUAAGACAAAACCAAGACGGUGGCUUAGAAGAGCUCGGUAGUGUACCACAAACGUUACCACAGAAAAAAGUUACCUUCGUUAUCCUAGAAGAACAACCAGAUGGAUCACUCAAGGUUCAAGGGGUGAGGGGAAAUGAAAACGGUGUGAAUGAAAAGGGCGAAGAAGUAGACUCUAUAAUUAAAAAGAUCGAAAAGGGAGAAAUUAAACUACCGAAAUCCACAAAGGCGGAACACGACCAUCAAACGUAUUCAAAUUCCUUAGCAAAUGCCACUCCGGAAGAAUCAGUUGAAUCUCCAUCUUACGUGAAGCAUUCUGGAAAGCCAGUUCCAAGCACUAAGUACAACGGGUUUCAACCAACACCAGCCCCCAACUAUUUCGAGUCAUCCACAAAACCAACUUACAGUACAAACUUCGCUGUGACAAAAACCACUAGUCAACCAUUUGUCCAAUCGUCAAGAUCUUCUAACUCAGUUUCUUCAACGUCAAACACGUCACCCAACACAUACACAGGACCCUUCCUGUACAAUCCCUCCUCAGUACAACAACCGGUGAGUCCCCAAUAUCACACCUCAACUUCCAGAUCUCCUUCAAAGACUCCUUCCUUCUUGCCAACCGUGCCUUCAGAUAUCGCUGAAGGAUCGUACCCCACCAACUCCGUAGUUCCUACUCAACCAACCACAGCUCCUCCUCCUUUGGUGUCUACAACUUCUCAGUACAGUCAAGUGAACUUCUCACCUCAAGACAAUUUCGAUGAUCCUUUCUACAAGCAGAUCUUCCAGCAGAACACAGUGUACCAACCUAACAACCAGUUCGGACAGACAUUGGCUGACGCUUACCAACCUGACGUCAUCAAUCAACAGGUGGACCUGACGUUGACUACUACAGAGCCUGUGCCCAUUCAGCAGGUAGUAAACCAAGAGGCCUUGCCCAUAUUGACGACAGAGAAGACAUCGUUGGUGGACGUGCUGCGGAACCAAGGUCUCUACGCCAUGUCUAAGUUCCUGAGGCAAUCUGGGCUUGACUCUAUACUGAACUCUACAGGACCCUACACAGUGUUCGUCCCUACAGACAGAGCGUUCAGGGCGCUCCUGGUACAGCUGGGAGGUCCUGACAAAGCUGAGGAGAAGUUCCAGGAGAACCCGAGACUACUGAGUGGGUUGCUCCUGCACCACGUUAUCCCAGGAGCUUUCCCUCUGGAGUCACUCCAGGAUGAGAUGACCGGAGUCAGUCUGGCUGGAACUCAGCUGAGAGUCAACUCUUACACUACUCAGGACGAGCAAUGGAACAACGUCAAGGUGGUGACCAUCAACGGCGCUGUAGUCCUCCAAGACAAGAAAGACAUGGUGAUUCCCCAGGGAGUGGCUCAUGCUGUGGACCGGGUUAUGUUCCCUCUUCCUGUGGGAGAUAUUGUCCAGACAUUGCAGUCCGACCGGGAGAACAGGUUCACAAGGUUCCUUCAACUCAUCCAGGACACUGGCCUGUCUUCCACUCUAACAGGAAGCAAGAUACUGACGGUGUUUGCGCCAGUGGACGCUGCGUUUACAGAAUCUGAUCUAAAACGGUUAGAAGAGAACCGAGCGCAAGCUAGAGCGCUGGUGUUGCGCCACGUGACGACAGGCUCACUGUACACCGCUGGUAUGACGUACUACCAGCAGAGGGAGUCACUCGAUAAACAGAAACAACUCACUGUGCUCAAAGAUCAAGGUCGGAUCAAAGUAAAUGCAGCCAAUGUGAUAUCCAGGAACAUUCCCUCUACCAACGGUGUCAUACAUGCCAUAGACUCUCUGUUAUAACAACUUCUUCUUUUCUCUCUGCCAUGUACAUGUGUAAAUACCUAAUGUUAUUUUAUUAGUUAAU